UGUCAGCUGGGAAGAGUGAAAAAUGUUUUGUAUCGUUCGUGUAUGACAUUCUGUUGCUUAAGACAAUAAUUUAAUUAGCGUGUGUUUGGAUCAUAAAAUUUUGUUGCUAGAUUUUGACGUGAUAGCAUUACUUCUUCUAAUAACGUAAUGGUAAAGAGAUUUUCUUCCGCCCAACGAGAUCGAGGAGUGAAGGUGAAUUACAAGUGGAGAACAUACAGUAUUGAAAGUUCGUGAUUAAAUCUACAAAUAAUUAGUGGAAAUGAUUUACUAUUACUUUCGUGGUGGAUGUAAUUAAAUUGCCAUGUCUCACUAUGGGCAAGAUAAUGACAAACAAGCCAGCUCUCUUAUGGAUGGGGUUCCUGUUAAAAUUAGUGAAAAAUACAAGCCACCAAGAAAAAUCACCCUACCUGUUGGCUAUCAGAACAGAGCGCCUCUAGCAUCAGUGGAUGAAGUGUAUGACUUCUCUUUAGAAAAUACUGUGCUAAGAAAGAUUGCAGAAUGGAGAAAACUGCAAGAACAGCUUGUAUCCAGGAGGAGGGAAAACAUCAAACAACAUAAUGCUGAAAAGAAAGACGCAAGUUCAAAGGGAGAAACUGAUUGGAAUGUCCCAGCAACUGUUUCUACAUCAGUGAGUGUUACAGCUAAUAGUGCUGAUGCUUCCACCUCACAUUGCCAACAACAACAACAACAACAACAGGUUCCACAACAGCAACAACAACAACAACAACAAUAUGCAUCAAUACUUACCCCAGUUCCCAUUAGCAUGCCCCUCAGUACAACUACCCAUCAUAAAAAUCACUCUCACCACUUCAAUCUGUCCGAUUUUGAAACAGACACUUCAGACCCUUUUGAUACAGUUGAAUUAAAGACAAUAAAUGAUAUGGAGGAGUUGGCUCAUGUUCUUCAGCCAACAAUACCAGUAACAAGUACUGUGCCUAAUUGUUAUACUUUGCCCUACAACUCUUCUCAACACUUUGGCAUGGUGGUGGAAAGCAAUAAGGACUCUGUUAUACUACCACAUCUGAAUGGCCUCACAGGUUAUCGAAUGAUAAGGGAAGGGGGUUUUGCAACUUUACCGGUCCAACAGAAGAGUAGUGCUAAUGUCAACUAUCCUAAUUUAUGGGGUGACAGUUAUAAUGAAGCGACAACUAACCAGCGAUCCUCCCAGCAGGAUGGUGCUGGCUAUGGUGCUCUGUCUAAAAGUGUGCCAGAUAUUAUGAAAGAACUUGAUAGAGAACUGAAAGAAAAACGAAGAGGACCAACACCACCUACAAUAAUGUCGAGCAGACCAGCAAGUCUUGGUUCCACAGGAUUAGAGAACUGGAAACCUUGGCCAGAUUUGGAUAGCCCAGACCAGUCUGCGGCUUUGAAGACCACUAACAAAGAAAAAUGUGCAUGCCCACUACCUAAUCCAUUUGCUGAACUCAGUGUUGAAGAACAAAAUCUUGCCAUACACAUAAGUGAAAUGGGUUUUCCUUUACCACGUGCAGCAAGAGCUUGUCAACUCGUUGGAAGUGAUGAUAAGAAGAUGGUCGAGUUCCUGUUAUUGGUGCAAGCACUGGAGGAGAGAGGGUAUCCAGGAGAUAGGGCAGAACGAGCACUGACAGUGAACGAAUGUGAUCUGAAAGAAGCUGAACGUUGUUUGGAGGCCACAACACAGCUUCUUGACCUAGGAUUUCCUGAGGACCGUGUUGCCGAAGCUCUGGCAAAGUGUGACAAUGACAGAGAUCAGGCACUUGAACAUCUUAUCUCAUAAAAAAGACAGCCAAAACCUGCAGGUGAAAUGAAAUGUUGCUACUGCCAACCUCAUUGUGUAUUUCACUUCCAUAAUUGCUUCAAUGGUACUGAAGUAUAUAAUAAAUGGGGCAAAUCGUUUGUGGAUACUCUGUUUUUAAAAGUUUUACUUAAUCACAUACUAUAUAAGUGGACUGCUAUAUGAUGGUAGUAUAGUGGCAAGAUCACUAGAAGUGAACCCAAAGACAUCUGAGAUAUGAAGUAAGACUUUCAGUCCCUAAGAGGUUCAUUAGUUCCUUUGCAAAUAAUUUUUGUUCCUUGUGAAAGUAUGCAUAUAAGCUAUACAGCAGAAGAAUUGUUGAUGUACUCUGAUAUUGCCAGAAGAUUGGUGUGACAAAUGAAGUCAAUAUCUGAAAUGAUUACCACAGUAUCACUGAAGAUAUUUGUGAUAGUGUUAUGCAAACUUAGUCUUUGCAUGAAUACUUGUACUGCUUUCUUUAUAUGUGUGUAAAGAUCUUUCACUGUUUUCCUGUUCUCUAGAAAUAUUAUUUUCAUAUUUUUUAAUUUAUUGUACAAUGUGUAUUCAUAACCACUGAAACAACUGGAAGUGUUAAGGUUGCUCCUUCGAUUAUAGUCAAUGUUUGUCAUACAGCUAGUGUCUGAUGUCAAUAUUCCUACACACACACACACACACACACACACACACACACACACACACACACACACACAAAAUUUGUUAUGAUAUUUUAUUAAUGUAUUUAAUCUCUUUUCUUUCCUUAGAGAAAAAUACUAGUCAGCCCUCUUUAUUUGACUUCCAGAUUGCUUGUGUUUAACAUCCAUGUUGCGAAACAGGUGUGAUGUGGAUCCUUUUUUAUGACUGUGGCUACAUUUUAACUACUGGCCAUUUUGGAUCCAUAUUAAUAUUACUUCCUGAAUAAUUAUACCAAUUUAACUUCAAUGUAAUUUUUCAAUACACAGACAUCAAAGUAUUUAUGUUGCACAGUGACAUUUUAUACCUUUAAUAUUUUUCAGAAAAUUUAAUUUAUAUAGGUUAUGGUUUGCACAAGUGGUGGUGUUAUCAUCACAGAAAUGGCAGAGAUGUGUCGUGUUAGUGUCACUGCUCUUCUUCAAAGUUAAGUACUGUUACUAUCAUCCCUUUUCUGAAAAGGGAUUAGAAUCUGCUACUGGUACUACUUAACUGACAGUAUUUAUAAUCAUCUGAAAUGUGCUUUUAUAAAUUGUUUAAUUAUCUCUUUUUGUGCAAUGAAUUAUUGCAAAACAGUAAGAAGAAUAUAGGUUGGUACCUUAUACUGUCUCGUCUGUGUCUGUAGCAUGUACUGCUUAUUCCUUUCCAGAGGAUAAUGUGAUACCCACUGGGACUGAAUCCUACCUUUUGAUGAGGCACGUAAACUCAUUUGAUUGUGUUUGAUUUGCAGAAAAUGUACAUAUCUUGGCAAAUAUCUUGCUACAUUCAUCUGUAUGUCAUGACUGUAGUUCCAGCCGUUGGCAUGUUUAUAACAAUUUUUGUGUCUGUUUUGGAUCCUUUUUAGAGUGGAACACUAAUAUGACAAAUUUCAUUGUUUUCUAUGUCAUUGCCUUUCACCCUCUUACAAAGUUUAAAAGCGCAUUUUAUCUGAACCUAGAAAUUAUAAAGGCUUAUUACAUGAUGAGUAGUGUCCACAUCUAAGUCCAUAUAAAUAACAGAACGUAAGUUUCAUCAACUGUAAAAUAAUUUUAUUCUUUAAUUAGUUGUUCAGGUGGUCUUGGAGUGAAAAGGAAUCUAUUAGCACAGUAGGUAGUAGUCAUCUGUGUUUAGUUGCAUGGUUGUUUUCAUAAAGUAGGUUUGUGUUCUGUUGUUAAGAUGAAAUCACAAAAACUAGUGACACCUGUCUUGAAAUGUGGUGUUAACUUGCUUUUGCAGAUUGUUGAGAUACUUGUCAGCAGUUUGUGCAGUUCCAUGCAUUAGUAGGUAAAAGCUGAUGGAAAAAAAUCAUUAAAAAGUUGAAAACUUAGUAAUAAUCACAUCUCACUUCUAUCCUGUUAUCUCAAUACAUACUACACAUCUCCUAUGAAGUUCAUUGCACCAUGUGUUUGCAUUUCUUUCUUGCUUUGUUGAAGCAUAUGUCCAGUUGCUUAGUUACAUCUAGUUUCAGGAUGGUUGUGACUUUUCUGUGUUUCCUUUCUUCACCACUCCCUUCUUUUUCUUAUCCUUCGCUUCUACUGAAAUACAAGAUGCAGUUGUUUGGUUUCAAUUGAUUUUACUGAAGAUGAUACACCACUCAUAAGAGAGGGAACCCAAAUGAAGGAUAGAAAAAAAAACACAUGAAA